GGGCGGAGAGACUUGGGGGACAGCAGCGCUUUGGGGACAAGGACAGCUUGGGGACAAGGACCCCUCGGGGACAGGGACCCCUUGGGGACGUGUCUCCUCAGAGCAGGGUGGCUAGGCUGGCACUGGCGUGGGGAUGUGGGGGCUCAGGGUCCUCAUCCCCCUCCUUGGUGCGGGUGCUCUGCAGGUGAGCCAGGACCCAGAUGAGUUGUGGGUGGCAGCGGGGGACAGGGUGACCCUGGGGUGCCGCGUGCUGGAGGCUGACCCCUGGGACCUGCUCUGGCUGGAGUGGGUGAAGGACGUGGGGCGCCGGGUGCUGUGUGCCGCCCGCCUGCGCCCCACCACCCCCACCCCCUCGGCCCCUUGCACCCCCCGCCUCCACCUGGCCUGGCACCCCCCCCGUGCCACCCUCAGCCUCCUCCAGGCGCGGGGGGACGACGUCGGGCGCUACCUCUGCCGGGUGACCCUCGAGAUCCCCCGCUAUGCCACGGCCACCGGCAACGGCACCCGGCUCAGCGUCGACACAGCAGUGGCUGACGGAGGACAUCAGGCAGGGCUGGUGUGGGGGCUGGCGGGGGGUCUGGGGGGCACAGCCCUUCUCCUUGGGCUGGCCUUCCUCGGCCACCAGCGCUGGUGCAGGAACUCAGACACAGCCAUCUACGUGAACGUGCUGCCCCCCUCGGCGCAGGCCCCCAAAGAGGUGCUGCCACCCCCCCCGGAGAUGGAGAACAGCUGGUACCAGGAGGGGCUGUACCAUGCACGGGACCUCCCCAGCACCCCUCAGCCCUGAGAGGGGGGAGCACCCCCCCACACGCACCCCCCUCCCAGCUCUGCCUUUCUGCAGGA